ACAUGUCUCUUCAAUGUUAUUUAGUAUUUAUGGGUUUUAUCGAUACGAAACGCACAGUUACGUGGUAGUGCUCAGCUAACAACGGUCGCUUGCAAAAUUUUAUCCUUAGUAACAAGAAAUCGAAAUGGACUAUCUGUUCUAUUUUCUUCUUGUGGUUCCGGCAAGUACCCAGUUCAUUUCCCCCUGUCCCAGACUCUUCAAAUAUGAACCAGAGCUGGCAGAAAAAGGUCGAUGGUACGGCGUAUUCACGGUACUCAGCGACGUGAACAUUACAGGUGUAUGGCUGCGUUUGAUUUUCGACAAAGAGUCUAUACAGAUCGGAAAUUGGUUCGGCGAGGCACUUACUAAGGAUAAUAAAGAGUACCUUUUGAAAAAUCCUCACCAUAAGUUGGUGGCAAAUGAGUCGUACAAUCUUCGAUUUUAUAUCAAUUACAAUCCGAAAGAGACGCCUGCACAACUCACCAUGGUCAAGUUGAAUGGAAAGAUAGUGUGUCCUGAGGGAGAAGUUAGCACGGAACCGUCGGUUACGACAACCACUUUGUUGUCGAAUCGUUUUCCCAACAAGAGCAAUGACAGCGACAAGAGUACCGAGGGAACUUUUGUACCAACUCAUGGAGCUUCCAAUCAGAGUGAACAAUCGUCCAAUAAAGACGAAAGCGACUUCUUCCAGGGCGAUUUUGCUAUUUUCAAUAACCCCAGGCCACUAACCUCAGUCAACGACGCAACCUGCGGCACGGUUGUGACCCUCCCACGCCCUUUAAUCACCUACAGCCAACCCACCCAAGAGGCCGAAUUCCCCUGGCACGCCGCCAUUUACCGCGCCCAAGGCGUAGACCUCAGAUUCAUAUGUGGAGCUUCUCUUAUAACACGUUACCACUUAAUAACCGUGGCACAUUGUGUAACUAAGCGCGUAUCUCGGGAGACUGUUAAUCCGGAUGAUUUGCUGGUCUAUCUGGGAAAAUACUAUUCGAAGAUAUGGACUAAUCCGGGCAUUCAAAAUAGACAAGUCGAGAAGAUUACAAUCCAUUCGCAGUUCAAUCCUCAGUUUUUCAUGAACAACAUCGCCGUGGUCAAACUCGCUUCCCCGGCCGAAAUUACCUUUUAUGUGCGGCCGGUGUGUCUGUGGGACGAAGACACCCGGUUGCUUGCUGUUACCAGCAGGGUUGGCAACGUUGUUGGUUGGGGUUGGGAUGAAAAUGGUCUUUUUCCUGAAAAACUGACGAAGGCAAGAAUGCCGGUGGUUUCUCACGAGACUUGUAUUUAUUCGUACCCGGACUUUUAUUCAAGGUAUACAUCUAGCACGUCGUAUUGUGCAGGGUUUAACAAUGGUACUAGCGUAUGCAACGGCGACUCAGGGGCCGGCAUGGUUUUCCCAAAAACGUAUUCCAAUUCAGAAAGCCGAGUAUGGCAAUUGCGAGGGAUUGUUUCAGUUAGCGUCGCUCUGAAAAACCAAACGAGAUGCGACCCUUCAAACUAUGUGAUCUUUACUGAUGUGGCCAAAUACCUCGACUGGAUUCACGCCUCCCUUAAUUAAAAUAUUUUAAGAUAAAAAGCCGCAGUUACGUAUAGCCUUACUACAUAUAGGAAUUGUAUU